AUGUCCUUCCCACCAACCCCAGCCAUGUCGGGUGAAUUCACCAUCAACGAUAAGCCCGCUACUGAUAUGUUCACAUUACCUCCCGCGGCAUUGAGCCCUCAAAGCCGGCGAUCAUCCCGAUCAGAUCCCUCUUAUACCCCGACCUCAACCUCUCCAGACCUCUCGGCUCGUCGAACUAGUCACACAGGACGCUCGGGCACAGCCAAGCGCCCACUCGAGGACUUUGACCUGCCUCCGCCCCCAACCCGAACUCGCAAGAUCAUCCAGAUGAAGCCAAAACCUGCAAAGUCCAAGGCAAAGGACACCAAAGGCCUCACAGAGAGCCCAGAGCCGAUACCCAAUUCUUCAACUACCUCCAAGAGGAAACAGCCCAGUGCAACCAGUGCGGCUGGUCGGAAAAUUGCCCGAAAGACCGCCCACAGUCUGAUCGAGCGUCGCAGACGGUCCAAAAUGAACGAAGAGUUCGGAACCCUGAAAGACAUGAUUCCUGCCUGCACGGGACAAGAAAUGCAUAAGCUUGCCAUCCUUCAGGCAAGCAUAGACUACGUCAACUAUCUGGAAAAAUGCAUUCGCGACAUGAGAACCGCGGGAUCAAGCCACACUGCCGCACCCCCGUCACCCACUUCACCAGAGUUCAUCGCCGAAACAGGCGCCGAGCCUAUGCGUGAAUCCUCAACAUACUCCUAUUCACCCUCCGCAUCUCCAGACGCAUAUGCUCCCCCGAGCUAUUCCCCGAUACCUCACCCUCCUUCUCGCCGCGAACUCAAGUCCCUUCUGCUCAGAAUGGGCACUGCAGACUCAAUCAGCGAGCAGUUUUCUGGUGCUUCUUUGGCGAAGUAUGAGGAGACUCCGCCUGUUGGUGCGCAACGAAGGAAGGGAAUGAGCGUUCGCGAUCUUCUGAUUUCAUAG